CCUGUGGCGGGGCUACUUGAGCAUUUACACCCAUCCGUCUUCACGUCAAUUCGAUUAAAGAGCACCGGACUGGUUUAUUUUCCAUCACUCAUAAAUUAAUACACAAGCUUUCCUGGAAUUCAUCGCAAGAAAUAUUCAGCCUUUCAAUCGGGUUUCAUAGUCAUGGCGAAAUCACUGCGGGCCAGCUCAAGGAAGGCCAACAACCAGAGACUGAAGCGCAAUGUCUUUGGUCCCGUCGAAGCCGCUCGCAAUGAGCGACUGUCAGCGAAACUGAUGGAAAUUGCAACCCAACCCAAGGAGGCCAAGAUGGAGGAUGCUGCUCCAGAAUCCGACGAGAACGCUCAGGCAGAGGACGCUGCAGAAGACGCAACCGCCACUGUUAUGGAGGUAGAUUCGGGAUCAGCUCCCAAAGCUGCCUCAUCCAAGAAGAAGAGGGUUGAGAAGAAGCGAGGAAAGAAAUCCAAGUCUGCUAUAGUGUUUUCCAGCUACAAAGACAGGAUUACCAAGAAGAAGAGGUGAUCUUGAAUUUGAUGUAAUGAUUUCUCUUUCUUUGUUGUUAAUACCCAUUCAUCAAAUUGAGCCUGGGCCGGGCUUUUACUGUCAUAUAAGGAAUCAAUGUACAUACGAGGAUCCGAUGCGAAUGAAUGCUCCUUCUGCUCAGUCACUCGCUCUCACAAUGAAAUGAAAUUCUCGAAAUU